AUGGAGUUAUCUUUCUUUAUCACUUUCGUUAUAUUGAACCAACAGAGCUCAGUGACUGCUGAUCUAGCUUGUGGAUCUGAUCAAAGCGAGAAUGACGGGUCGUGUUAUUAUUUCUCAGAAAUCAAGUCAAACUUCGCCUCGUCAAAAUCGUCCUGCGAGGAACGUGGAAUGCAUCUUGUCUACAUAGGAUCACAGGAAGAACAACAGUUCUUGCAGAGUAGCCUAUCUAGUAAUAAUGAGAAGCAUUGGAUAGGUUUAUCAUCCAGUGUGACUUGGCUGGACGGUUCGAGUCUGACCUACUCCAACUUCGCAGAUGAUUCAGAGAUUUUCGAUGAAGGAGAGAAGUGUGUCACUAUAGUACCAAAUAAGUCCUACAAAUGGGAAGUGGAAGAUCACAGUUGUGAUGGUUACCCCGAGCACCAUUAUAUCUGCGGGAAAGAAGAAGGUUUCCAAACGAGUUCUGUACAGCAAACAACAUCAGGCACUGCCACUUCACUUGAAGGUCCAACCCAAACCACACCAAAUCAACUGACGUCAUCCGAAACGUACAGUUCCACUACUCAGACUGACAAUGUUGUAACAACGAGUGGCUCUACGCAACCUUCGUCAACAACCGAUGAUGCGAUCAGUGAGACAACAAGCAGUCUAGCAUCAACGACACCAACCUCGAAAGCAUCAUCAACGUCAAAAUUAGCAGGGCAAGGAUCAACAGAUGCUGCUUCGCCUACUUCUGAACAGGCAACCUACACCACUCAUGCAACAGCGUCAACGCACACAACCACGGCAAUGUCUGCGACUACACGUCGGUCCUCUCCUCGGGACAGAGGUAUCCAAUCGAGUACUGUUCAGCAAACGCCAGGCGCUGCCACUUCUCCCGAAGGUCCAACCCAAACCACACCAAAUCAAAUGACGUCAUCCAAAACGUCCAGUUCCACUACUCAGACUGACAAUGUUGUAACAACGAGUGGCUCUACGCAACCUUCGUCAACAACCGAUGAUGCGAUCAGUGAGACAACAAGCAGUCCAGCAUCAACAACACCAACCUCACAUGCAUCCUCAACAUCAACAACAGGGCAAGGAUUAACAGAUGUUGCUUCGCUUACUUCUGAUCAGGCAACCGACACCACUAGUGCAACAAUGUUAACGCACACAACCCAGGCAAUUUCUACAACUACACGUCAAUCCUCACCUCGGGACAGAGAUCACACGAGCUCUAAAAACUUCCGAUUACUGGCCAGCAAUGUCGCCCUCGUCGAUGCCUAUGUUCUGUCAUCAUACACAGUUUCGUCAAUCAUCAAAUGCAGUCAAUUGUGUUUUGCUGAUUUCCGUUGCUCGUGUUAUACUUUCAUCGCCUGCGAGGGUUUGUGCUUACUCGGCAAGGAAUGUCUGGCGACGUCUACAUACGCUUUUGAAAGACGACCCGGAGCUAAAUUCUAUUCGGCACUUCUUGAAGAUCAGGAGUAG